UUUCCAAAAUGAGAAGGAAAAGUGUCCUCCCACUUGUUGGCCUCAUCCUUGUUCUUGGUUUCCAGCAUGUAAUCUCAGAAUCUCCUCUCCCAAAGGACGAUCAAGGGGAAUGUGGAUUCUCCAGUGACGAGAAAGAUUCGUGUGCCUUAUAUUGCUAUAGGUCUAUGAAACUCGGUCUAGCUUACAUUAUUGAGUUGAAAGAAACAAUCAAAAUACUCGAAGAGAAUCAUUCAGAGAGUGAAAUUAGUCAGCUGAACAAAGCAGUUAAGAAUUUGCAAAGUAAAAUUGAUCAACAGAAUAUGCAGAUAGCUAAUAUUAACGAUUUUAUCAUAAACUCAGUUAACAGGCAGAAAGAGGUGGAAGAGAAAGCCAAAACUCAAACUGAGAUAGACAAUUUUAAAAGACAAGUUGAACAAUUGAUAGAGAAUUUAGAAAAUGUUCAACGUCAAGCAGCAAAAGAUAAGGAAGAAAGCUCAGCUGAACAAAGAAAUAGAAAUAGAGAAAUAGAGAAUCUAAAAGAUAAAUUAGCUAAACAAAAAUCAGAUUUAGAUAAAGCAAUUAAAGACCUCGAGGCGAAAAACAAGGAAUUUGAAGAAUAUCAGACUAAGGAAAAUAUUUCUAGCAACAAAAUUGGGGAAUUAAAUUCUAAAAUUUCAUCCUUAAAGAAAUCGUUAGAAGAAUCUGAAACUCAGUUGACUGAUUCGAAUCAUUUACUUGAAAGACAACUAAACCAAACUGCACAAAACCUAAUCGAGUGUCGGGAAAAACUACCAAAACCCAGUUGCAAAGGCCUCUCUUCGGGAAUUCAUAAAGUUGAAACUCCCGGACUUGAUCCAAUUUCUGCUCUCUGCGAAGGAGAUAUAGAAGGUGGUGGGUGGAUAGUUAUUCAUAAACGAUUUGAUGGCAGCGUAGACUUUCAUAGAACUUGGACCGAGUAUCGUAAUGGGUUUGGAGAUAAGGAGGGAGAAUUUUUUAUUGGUCUUGAGGAUUUGCAUCGUAUUACCAAUUCCCAAACCUAUGAACUUUAUGUCCAAUUGGAAUAUCACAAUGAAACUUUCCAAUUUGCUAGUUAUGAUAAUUUUAAAAUUGGCAACGAAAAUACGAAAUAUAAGUUGAAGUCGUUGGGAGAGUUUAAAGGAACAGCUGUUAAUUCUAUGGAAGACAAUUUAUAUAAAGCAUUUUCCAGUUUUGAUCAAGAUAAUGAUCAAUGGUUUCUUAAUUGUGCUGAAAUCCGUGGAGCCUGGUGGCAUGGUAAAUCUUGCACCAAUGCCGCUCUCAACGGAAAAUAUUUAAAUAGAGAAGUCGAUGAUGUUUCAAGUAUGAGCUGGUCGUGGAGUAUUUCUCUCAAAUCUGUCCAGAUGCUUAUCCGACAAAAAUAAAGUUGGACGUCACCUCAAAAUCAAGGAAAAUCUGGGAAAACUAUGCAAUCAAAAAAAAAAAAAUUGAUAUUUCAGCAACAAAACAAAUAAUUUUCAAACAUAACUUCUGGACGGACCCAAUCUUGAGUCGACAAUUUCCGUUUUCUGCUUUGACUCAUUGUUAGAUGACAUUCGCUGUCUUUUUAAAAGAAUGUUUAUGGAAUUUCAAAUGUAAUCAUAAUCUAAUU